ACAAAACACUCCCUUCCACUUCGUACUCAUGGGCUCAAUGCUUCAAAUCGUCUUGGCCGUCCUGGGCCUGACACUCACUGCAACGCUCUUUUCCUUUUCUCUCCUUUUCAUUGCUCGCAUGCAUCGUUCAAGUACCUGCGCUCCUGUUUCCGCCGGAAUUUAUGCAGUAGCGUUGGGGCUUAUCCCAAUCCAAUUAGCCCAACUCGGUACAACGCUCAGCCUGAGGUGUAUAUGUUCGGUGUAUUACCAGUAUAUACAAAAGGGGCUCCGACUCUGUUUGGUGGCCAUCAUUCUUAUCUGUCUUGCUCAGUCGGCACCGUAUGUCUCGUCCGCUGACCACACAAAUGAUUCCACAACAACAUCUUCUGUCAGCUCAAAGAGUCUCAAAUGGCGAUACUGGGUUGCUGCCGGCGCGUUCGCUGACGCGCUAUGCUCUAUCAUUGCCUGCGCCUCCUGCUUAAAAUUCCUUCGUCAUGCUAACAAGCAUUUUGAAGAAAGCUCGGAACACAGCGCUGGCAGGAUGCAGCGUCUGGUAUCGAGGGCAGCAUUUCGAUGUAUAUUGGUGUUUCUAUCCGUCUUCGUUCUCCAAGUGCCACGGGGGAUGCUGAUCAUUUUCUGUCCCAGCAGUCCGGUCUUGGACUUCAUAUCCCCGGUACUAGGGCAAGUAAGUCUAAUCUCCCGUAGUGCUGAUGUGCACAAAUAUCUUACACUGGGACCCGAUUUACUAGCUUUAUUAUAUGAUCUUUGUGUUAUCCAUCGUACGGAUCACACGGAGUUUGACUUCAUGGCCCUCCAUCAGAAUGGUUUGGUCAAUCUUAUUCUUAUGCGUACCCCAGCCAUUCCCGUAAGCCGUGUCUCGCAGAAGCCUACUUCCGACACCGUCUUAUAAACGGCCACAACGGGGUGGUCUUACGCCAGAUCGGCGAAGGCUAAGUGGUAGCCAUAUGGCACUGCUCCUGGUUGAGGGCCAAAUGGAUCCCCCUUUAUACCCUUAUGAAACAUCGAUUACUUAUCUAAGCAACCAUCAUUCUCUCUUUAAUUCUUCUGUUCUCUCCGUAUCUCUCCUUUGCUUCUGAUUCCCA